CAAAGCGGAAAUAAACUGUCCGCCAUUUCGAUGUAACCGACAAGCUUCAGAGUUUUGCGGGAAAUACACCUAGAUAGACUUGAUUGUGAUACUUUUACAGUAAUAAUGAAAACAAAUGAUGAUGAGGGAUAUGUGAUUCGCGUCCGUGGUCUGCCAUGGUCAGCUACAGAGGACGAUGUUCGGAAUUUCUUUGAAGAUGCCGCCUGCGAUAUCACAGAAAAUGGUAUCCAUUUCACAUAUGUCAGAGACGGCCGUCCAUCGGGAGAGUGUUAUAUUGAAUUCACUAAUGAAGAUAGCCUGAAUAAAGCCUUAGCAAAGGAUAAGGAACACUUAGGAAAAAGAUAUGUCGAGAUAUUCAAAUCUAAGAGGCAAGAAAUGGAAUGGGUUGUUAAAAGAUCUGGACUUUCAGGACAACAAGGAGCAGACGCUGUAGUUAGAUUACGUGGACUGCCGUUCGGUUGUUCUAAAGAAGAAAUUGCUCACUUUUUUAGCGGGUUGGAAAUCGUUCCAAAUGGGAUAACUCUUCUACACGAUGGGCAGGGUCGAUCAACAGGGGACGGAUAUGUACAGUUCGCAUCAGCAUCUCUCGCUGAACAAGCUCUCUCUAAACAUACGGAAACAAUCGGGCACAGAUAUAUCGAAAUCUUCAAAAGCUCUUUAGUUGAACUUCGAAGCGUUUUGAACAGUCAUAAUCGAAGGACUCAACCAGGAUUCCGCCCUGGUCCUUAUGAUCGUAAUGAACGAUAUUCUGGUUAUGGGGGUGGAAGAGGCGGAGGGGGAGGAAGGCGAAAUGUUAGAGGUUUCAAUGAGGAAUACGAUGAUUAUUAUGAAUAUGGUAGAUCCAGACGACAACCCGGUGGUGGUUACGGUGGAGGACGGAAUAAAAAUUAUUAUAAUAAUAGAGGUGGAUCAGGUGAUUAUACUAGUUCCACUGGACACAGUGUCCACAUGCGAGGCCUGCCUUUCUCAGCAACCGAAGAGGAUAUUAUGCAUUUCUUUAGACCUUCACAACCUAUCAAAAUCACAAUCCACUACAAUGCUGAUGGAAGAGCUUCUGGAGAAGCAGAUGUUGACUUUGCUUCUCAUCAUGAAGCAGAGGAAUCUUUAAGAAAGGAUCGUGCUGCAAUGCAGCAUCGGUAUAUAGAACUUUUCCUGAAGUCUACUCCUGGAGGAAGACCCCAACACAAUCCUCCUUAUUCUGGUGAUCAUCAUUCCGGGGUUGGUCCAAUGCAAAACUUUGCAGCUUCUAAUCAAGUUGGAACAAUGGGUAACCCGAAUUACACUCCUUUUUGAUAACUGCCCUCAUAAUCAUUUGUUGUUGUAUCGUAACCAUCUUAUUAUACAUUGAAAACGUCAAAAUGUUAUUUGUAGAAUGAGUUGAGAUAUUUAGCCUAUGAUAAUGUAUCAUUUUUUUGAAACAAUGCCUGGUGUUUCCGUUUCACAAAAGUAGCUUGUUACGCUAUUGCUUUAAAAAAAAUAGGCGAUUUGAUCAUUGUGAUAAUGCUAAGCUUGGAAAAUAGAUUUUGACAGAAACUUUCCAGUGUUUAUGAGAGAAUGUUAGCACGUACGAGGUACAAAAUGUAAAGAAUGUCUUUUUUGUUAGCAGUUCAUCUUCCAUUAAAGAUUCCUCUUUUCUAAAUACUCCACUGAGAGAAAGAAAAUUCAAUAAAAACAAUCUUUUGCACAAACAUUACUUUACUAAAGCAAUCAUAGCUGUGAUUACAUCUGAUGGAAAUAAAACAUGGAGGAAUGAUAAAAGCGCUGAAAAUGACCGAUACUUGUGAGAAUACUCAGUGAAAACUUUUACUACUAUAAUUUCUCUAAUUUGAGCUUUCCCCUCCUUUUACUUUAAAAAUCCUCCGUUUGCCCAAAUAAUUGGUAAUUUGUCUUUUUUGAGAUAAAAGCUUAACCAAUAUUAUCAAUUUAUAAAAUCUAAGUAACUUCUUUUCAAAUAAACUAUACAUUAUUGUGAAGAAUUAAAAGAAAGUACACUUGUUUGUUUCAUAUAAAGCCGAUUCUCUAAAGUUAUAACAAAGUGUAUUUUUUAUAAAAUCGAACUGUAUUACAUUUCUUUAUACUUCUGCUGCAAACGAACACCAAUAGCCUUUGUAGUAUCCAUAAAUCUUUCUACACAAUUUGAAAUGCAACUCUCCGUUCUAUAAUCCAAUUUGUCGCGUGGUUUGUCCAUACAUUUUUCCCAACAAACAUCGGUAAGAGCAUGAAGUUGUUGCUGGAUUUGAGCCUUUUGUUGUUCAGCCAUUAGAAAUUGUUGCAUUUCGUGAUCCACAUUGUUGGAUUUCGUUGGCAUAUCAAACGACAUUUUCAAGCCGGCUUAUUAUUACAGUUGUAUGUCUAAGAAAGUUAAGAGCUAGCAAUGUGACUCUAAGG